GGUUAUAUGAGUCGUUCCACAGACGUUGACUGGUGAACAGAUCGGUUAUGCUUACGAUAAUAAUCGUCGCGAGUUUUCCGAUAAUUGUGAUGAUGUAGUGACUGUUUUUGAAGAUUUUUUUCGAAAAUGUAUUUUCCUUUGUCGAUGUAUUUUGUGGUGCACUCGUUUUUGAUUGGGCUUAGUGUCGCUUCGAUUAUGGGUGACGAGUGCGAUUGGACUGGAAGUGGUCUCUCGACUCCAAGUUCGGACAAAGGAGUGACUCCGGUGUAUCUUCGGUGUUCGGCUGGCAAAAUCAAAUGGAUGUACCCCAGAGGUGCCUUGAGGAUACUUCUAAGGUUGCCUAGUCAAGACAAAAAAUUCCGUGCUUGCAUUAAAGUAAAAUCUAAUGCUAAACCUAAUAGCAGGAUUUUCUUGGAAGGACCUCGAUCUUUGAUACCUUUAUAUGAUGGUGACAGUGGGGCAAAACCAAUAAGAUGUUUCAACAGUAAACGCGGCCAAACGGCGCUUUACAUUGAAGCCAUAGACGAAAGAUCGUUCGAAAAACAAGUAACCGAAAUCGAAUACGAUUUGCAGCAAUUACCCAAGAACUUUUACGGCUACGAUCCUUCAGAAGAAUGCCGCCCGUGUUCGAAAGAAGAACUAGCUCACAUUUACUGCACUAGCGACCUAGUCACCCGCGGAACCAUUAACUUGGUGGAAACCAACGAACAAUUGGAAGUGUCGCAGGUGACCGUGAAAAUCACCAAACUUAUCCGGCACACUUCGGCCGAAGAAUUCCUGCAGGAAAUCGACUCGAACGACAUAAACGUGGGUGAAGAGACUCAGAAACGAGUCACGCUCAACGUGCCUGAACAUUGUGGCAUCAACCACGGGCUCGGAGAGUUCGUUUUUAUGGCGCGGAGGAAGUUGGGCGAUUUGACUUUGUUGUGCGCUCCUCGGCUCGAAACUUGGACUUUUCUAGUGCACAAGUUGAACGAGGAGGGCAAUGCGCAUUGCGUUUUGAAGAGUUAGUUGUGAUUUUUUUGAUUUAUGAGUUUGUUCUGUGAUGUCUUUUGUAUAUUGAUUAAUGUAGAUAUGUUUAUAAAGUUUUAGGAGUUAAGUUUUUUUUUUUUGGUCACACGUUGGUGCUAUAAUGAAAUACUAGUUGACAGUGAACUAUACAAUAAUAGUAUCCAUUACUAGCUCCUAAUAAAGGGUUUAUAUUGCAAAUUAUAUUGGCUGUGGCCAUCUUUGAUGUUGCUUAUUUGUAAAAUAUAUUUGUAGAAAGUGUAUAGUAUUUUACUGGCAUGUAAGGUUUAUUAUCACAACACUCUUUUGACUGUCGCAAACUUCAUUUCCAUUUACACAAAUCACAUUUUGUACUUACUUUAUUUUGAUGAUUUUGUGAUAGUAGAGUGUAUUUUUCUGUGGCCAUUCGUUGUGAUUGAAUCAAUCUGUUGCUUUUGAAUUCUAUGUGCCAAUUUCAAUUCCAGCAAAAACUUUUUCCGGUUUAUUUAUUUAUAAGUAUCCGGAUUUCUUUAACUAUAAUUAUUAGAAUUAAGUUUUUAUUUUUACUUCUGUGAUAGUUGAAGCACGACAAUUGUGCAAGUGCCAAUAAAUAAAGAAAAAAUGGUCUCUUUGAAACGUAUUAAAAGCUAUUUUAUUUAGGUUUACGGCUUAUACAUAUAAGAUGAAAUCAGAAUAUAUUGUACAUAAAAAUUGUGUUUAGAGAUGCUACCCUAUGUAAAAAAAAAACAUUUAUAUGAAAAUUCAGAGAAUACACUUUUUUUUUCGUUGUAUAGAA